AUGUUUAUCACAUUGAUUCUUUUCACGUGCUUUGUUAGUCUUAUCACCGUAUAUUUCUUGACUUUAAAAUCUCGUUAUUCGUAUUUUCGCGUUCGAAGUAUUCCUGGUCCAUCACCCACAUUUUUCUUUGGUCAUUUUCGUACCAUUUGGUCUACAAAAUUUUAUUCACGUCAACUGCAAGAAUGGACACGCAAAUUUGGUUCGAUCUAUGGUCUUUUUGAAGGCACUCGCCCAUUAUAUAUUGUUUCCGAUGUUGAUUUUUUGCAACAAGUAUUUGUUCAUCAAUUUUCAUUGUUUAGCUCGCAUCGAGUUUCAUUUCUCUAUCAAUUAUCCAAAUCGGUCCACCUGAUCAGUGCUGGUCCAUCAAGAUGGCGUCAACAGCGACAUGCUAUUAAUCCAGCAUUUUCAGCAGCAAAACUAAAGCUUAUGGCACCGCUUAUUGAUCAAUGUAUUGAAUCAUUAAUGAAGAAAUUAUUCAAAAUGAAUAAUGAAAAUAAAGAAUUCAAUAUCUAUGAGUUAUAUCAAAGAUUGACUAUGGAUGUUAUCUGUCAUUGUGCAUUCGGGAUUGAUACGGACAUGCAGAAUGAUGUUGACAAUGAUUUAAUGACCAAAGCAGCUGUUAUUUUCAAACAAGAUAUCGAACGUAUGCCAUUGAGUAAAUUAAGCUAUUUGAUGCCAUGGUCAACAUCUCUUCUUGCUCAAUUUGCUCAUAGUCAAAUAGCUCUAUUUCAUUGUCUUCACAAAAUAGCACCAACAAUCUUUCCUGAUUUAGUGGAAAAAAUACCUCGUCUUUGGCUUAUAUCAAAAGUUCAAGAAGUAAUCGAUGUUCGAACAAUAGAUACUUCAACAACAAAACGAGUAGAUCUGCUUCAGACAAUGCUCGAUGCAGCUGCCACACGGCACGAGGACAAUACUGACGAUAAGAAAUUGAGCAACGAUGAAAUCAAAGGCAAUGUAUUUCUCUUUAUGGUUGCCGGCUUUGAUACAACAUCGACGAUGCUUGGAUAUUGCACUUACGUAUUGGCUACACAACCCGAUAUUCAAAAGAAACUUCAAGCAGAAGUUGAUGAUCAACAUGAGAAAGAGCUCGAUUAUGAUACAGUGACAAAAAUGGAAUAUAUGGAGUUAUUUCUACGAGAAGUUCAUCGUAUGUAUCCACCUUCCGUAGCAACCAUUACAAGAGUAUGCGAACAAACAACAACUGUAUGUGGCCACACCAUUGAAAAAGGAAGUAUCAUUCAACCAGAUAUAUUUACUAUUCAUUACAAUAGUGAUUUGUGGGGUCCCGAGGAUCCAAAUCAGUUUAUUCCUGAACGACAUUCUACUGAACGACAUCCACUGGCUCUCUUAGCGUUUGGCGUCGGACCACGCUCAUGUAUUGGAAUGCGAUUUGCUCUAAUGGAAAUUAAAAUGACUUUAGCUCACAUACUUCGUCACUAUACAGUAUUACCUGGCGAACAUUUGCAAGAAGGCUUUCAGUUAAAUGAAGCAUUUGUCAUACAGCCAAAUGCUAUCAAUAUCAAACUCAACAAACGUUAA